AUGGCAGCAACAGUGAAGCCUCUACGGGGCCGUGCUGCUGCAGAAGCGGCUGCUGCUGCUAAGGCGAGAGAGAUUGCCGAAGCUGCCCUUGCACAACGCGACGCUCGCGAAGGUGCGCACGCGGCCUCCAAGAACGAGAUUGCAACCGAGCCGGAGCUGAACAAAUCAGACCCCGCCGCCAGCCUGCUUCACUUGGAGGAUGCCGCGCAGCUGCGCGGAGGACCUGUGCCGAUGGUGCCCUGGUAUUCUGGAAGAAGCGGGGAUGCUCCAGUGCUGGCCAAGGUGGACCACGAGAAGGUCCGCAAAAUGCGUGAGGAAUUCGAGGGUGCUUCCGCGGAGUACAAGGUGCUCUCCCAAGCGGCUCUUUCUGGCCUGAAUUCCGGAGAGGGAAAGUCACUCCAAGAGCGCUUCAAAGAACUGGAGCAAGCCUGGGGUGCAUUCCAGUGGAACCAGAAGAGCAGAAGCCCAGAUGCUCCGUCCACCCGAGAGCAGGUCCAGGCUGCCUCUGCCGCGCUGGCUCAGGCACAUGGACGCUUGCAGAGUGCCGAAUCUGGUUUGGAUUUGGAGCAAGAAGUGGAAAAUGUUUUGGCAGACCUCUGGGAUACCAUCGAGAAGCCUCCAAAGCAGAAGCCGGACCAGGCGGAUGAGGAUGUUGCCGCGGUCAAUGAAGAGCUCGAUAGGCUCGAAGCUUUCAUCGAGGCCAGAAUACAGGAGGAGGAGAAGGCAGAGCAAGAGGGCCGCAAGGCCAAAAGUCAAGCGAACAUGGAGGUCUGUGAAGCCCAAAGCGAGGCCUUGCAAGACAUGUCAGCCAAAUUUCAGUCGGCCCUUCCAAGUGGCAUGGACGAGGGCACAGGUGGUACUCCCAUGACAUCCAACGCCGUGCCAGAGGAAACGCCCAUGCUGCCGGCAGCAGUUCACUUCGGCUCUGAGGUUCGGACCCUCGCUAGGGAGGUCCAAUCGGUUUCCACCAGAGUGAACCAGGAGCACUUCAGGAGAGAACCACCAAGGGGAUACGUCAGUUCCAAUUGGAUCGGCGACCUUGCUGGAGGCAGUGGCCCUGCUCUGCACGACAGAGAUGCCGCCUGGGGCAACGUCUUCAUGCCUGCAAGGAGCCCCAUGCCAAGACAGAGACCAAUGCCAUCACUGCACCAAAACGCAGGCCGAUAG